CAUUUCCUCGAUGACAUUCCGCUGCGGAAAGAGCUUUGCAAGCACUUUCCAAACAUCCCACGUAUGUUCUGGUCCAGGACAUGCGUCCAACACAACGGCUUCUUCGGAUCGAAGACCUCUACAGACUCUUCCUCUACCGCAAGUGUUCCCUCCAAAACGACCUCUAUAGAUGUGCAAACCUGGUUCCGGAUGAUAGUGGUCACGACGGUAAAAGCUCCGUCUCAACAUGCUGGANNCACACGCAAUCUUCGGAGUCACCGAUGGUCAGAGAUGUCGUUUCUCUCCUCAUUCACCAAAGGACGUAAUCUGUUACUGUGCUUCNNCGAUACACCCAAGUAUGUAGGCCGCAAUAUGCUCAAUAUGCUUGCCGAAGAAGAAUACGACAAUGUCGCCACCGGCCCGUAUGGACUGCACCAUCUUUUGCUCGAACAACUUAUGCCAUUAUACAACUGGGGUGUUUGGAGUAUCGCGAGGGCCAUCCGCGAGUCCAAUCGCGAUCCAGAGGGCACCGAACUAUUCCUGAGGUUGGACGAAAAUGCCCGACAUUCAACUCACUCGAUCGAAGCGACACAGGAGGCCACCAGGGUUGUCGCAUGUAUAGUGCAACAUUGCGAGACCCUGGCCUCACGCUUAAGCGUGCAUCAAGAAGUCCUCAUGUCUCGAUGUGAGAUCUUCAGAUUUUAUCAUACCUUGAUGCAAGGAUUUCUCGCCAGAGCCUUUGCUAACGAAAGACGGGUCGGUCACUCGAAGGAUUUGAUGAUUGCAGCAUUGGCUAGAGAAGACAGUGCAUCUAUGAAGGCCAUCGCAUACGUAACCAUGAUAUUCUUACCAGCAACUUUUGUCUCUGUAAGCAUACAACUCGUUUUUAUUGCUAUACCCACUGACAAUCAUCAAAGNGCGCUGCUCGGCAUGAAUUUCUUCAACUUUAGUCCGGACGAGCAUAAUGGCCAUAUCACAUACUCCCACGACCUAUGGAUCUAUUUCGUCAUCUCGAUCGUGUUCACGCUGAUCUUGUUCGUGCUGUAUUGGACAUGGCAACAAUACAGAAAGAAGGCCAGAGCAAGAUCCAACAUCGAGGAUGAGAAUGCUGCAGAGAGCGCUUACUCGACUGUGGAAAUAGAGCAUGCAGAGAAGAUUCCUCCUCGAGGACGAGGACCUUCUUACCACUUCAAGGGAUCCCAAAAGGUCUCGUAG